CUCUCUCUUCGCUGUGCCUUUCUCUCUCUCAUUUCUCUGUUCUUUCAUCGAAGAGAGAGAGAGAGAGAGAGAGAGAAAGGGUCACCGGCCGCCCCCGCCAAAAGAACCCUCCUUCCUUCUUCCUUUCUUCAAUAAAAGUCAAUUCCCAGAGCCACCCACCCAGCCGGUAACCCUUCCUCUCUUCGCUAUCAAAUAUUAUAACCACCCUUUCUCUCUCUCUUUCUCUCUGUCAGAUUUCAAUUUUCAUUUGUUGAUUUCUUCUUCUUCCUUGGUUUCAUUUCUCUUGUGGGUCUUCGAGCUUUUUCGAAAAAGGCUAAGUUUAUCAUUGCAUUGGAUUGUUUCUUUGGUUAUGGCUUCGUCUAACGCUGGGGGUGAUGGAUCCAAUGGUUCCUCAGCUACCAGGAGACAAAGCAAGAGACCCAAGUACUCGAAGUUUACACAACAAGAACUUCCAGCAUGCAAACCUAUUCUCACGCCACGAGCGGUUAUUUCAGCAUUCUUGAUUAUCACCAUCGCAUUCAUUCCUAUUGGAGUUGCUUCGUUAAUUGCUUCCCAUGAUGUUGUUGAAAUUAUUGAUAGGUAUGACUCACAGUGCAUACCGUCAAAUGUGACAGACAAGGUAGCAUACAUUCAGACUCCUGGAGAAAAAAUAUGCACCAGGGAGCUACAUGUGGAGAAGCGUAUGAAGUCUCCUAUUUAUGUUUACUACCAGCUUGACAACUUUUACCAGAAUCAUCGGCGGUAUGUUAAAAGCCGAAACGAUGACCAGUUGAAAGAUUCUGGAAAAGCAGACUCAGUAAGUGGUUGUGAGCCUGAAGAUUAUGUAAAUGGUACAGCAAUUUUACCUUGUGGUCUUAUAGCUUGGAGCUUGUUCAACGAUACAUACAGCUUCUCGCGCAACAACAAUAACUUGACAGUGAACAAGAAAGGCAUCUCAUGGAAGAGUGAUAGGGACCACAAAUUUGGAAGUGAUGUUUUCCCAAAAAAUUUCCAGAAUGGUUCAGUAAUAGGAGGUGGUCAUCUUGAUGAAAAAAUACCAUUGAAUGAGCAGGAGGAUCUUAUGGUUUGGAUGCGAACUGCUGCUUUGCCAACUUUUAGGAAGUUGUAUGGAAAGAUUGAGGUGGAUCUAGAGGAAGGUGAUGUCAUACACGUGACAUUGAAGAAUAACUACAAUACAUAUAGUUUUAAUGGCAAGAAAAAGCUUGUUCUGUCAACUACUAGUUGGCUCGGUGGGAAGAAUGACUUCCUUGGCAUUGCUUAUCUCACUGUCGGAGGAUUGAGCUUCUUUUUGGCUAUGUCCUUUACCAUUGUAUAUCUUGUCAAGCCAAGGCAACUUGGAGAUCCAUCCUAUUUGUCAUGGAAUAGGAAUCCAGGAGGGCAAUGAGCUGAGAAACUAGUUGUGCUUGAUCUUCCCAUACAGCAAGGCUUGUGCAUUAUACAGACAACUGCGGUGGGUGUAAUUUUGUACAUCGAUGAUAUUCAUAAAUCCUAAUAACUGUUCAGAUGCUAGGUGUUCCCCUAUCCCACAAAAAUUCUUUUAUUGUUUUCUGGUCUCCUAUAUCAGAAAUGGAAUAUCUUGUAUUUUCUGACAAAUAGUGUCCAGUAUAUGUGUUAGUCACUUUUCAUGUUUGGUAUACUUUUGGCCUUUCUGAGUGAAAAUAGUAGAAAUUGCAUACAUGAGAUGAAAUGCUCCUUUAUGGGAAAGGGACUUAUUUUACUUGAUUUCACUUUGUUGUAACGUGUUGGAUAUAUAAAUCAUUGAUGUGAAGUCAAUGUAUACAGAAAAGCCUCAUUUACUAUAAUGUAAUAAUCGUCAUACUAAUUUAACUUCGUUUUUAUUGUGUGAGGGUUAAUAUUUUUCUAUUUUGCAUUAAAUAAAAAAAAAAUGCUACGUAGCAUUU